AUGCGAGCUCGCACCACCUUGGCCACCAGGCUGAUACUCACGCGACCGUCUUUGACCUCUGUGUGCUCACAAUGCCUUCGUGAGGAUCUGAUAUCAUCCAAUGGCCUGAUUCACUAUCGGAAAUUCCAUUCGACUCGCCGGAAGGAUGUUUCACCUUUUGGUGCCGCAGUCUCAGCGGCACAGGCCAUCUUGAAGGGUGUUCCCAAGGCACCCCCAGGAAUUUCAGUCGACCCAUUGCGCAUGGUCGGCAAGGAAUUGAAGUUUCUUAGCAAGAAUAUUCGUCAAUUGCUGGGAUCUGGUCAUCCUGCCUUGGAUAAGGUAGCUAAAUAUUAUACUCGCAGUGAGGGCAAGCACAUGCGUCCUAUGCUUGUUCUACUUAUGUCUCAAGCAACAGCCUUGGAUCCACGCAAACAAACGAAUCCAACGAGCCCAAGCCCUGUUGAUAAUCCGCUCAGCUCUCCAUCGAUCCUCGAUGAUUCCAAUCCAGACAUCAAUCCCCUCGUAUCUCGCAGCGCCGAAGCCAAGUACGACUUCACAGGCGACGAUAAUAUUCUCCCCUCACAGCGCCGUCUAGCUGAGAUCACCGAACUCAUUCAUACCGCUUCCCUCCUUCACGACGAUGUCAUCGACAAUGCGGUGACCCGCCGUGCGAACAGUUCGGCCAACCUGGCCUUUGGAAACAAGAUGGCCGUUCUGGCAGGUGACUUUCUACUGGGCCGUGCAUCCGUGGCCCUAGCUCGACUACGUGAUCCUGAAGUAACUGAAUUGAUGGCUACUGUGAUCGCCAACCUGGUGGAGGGUGAAUUCAUGCAGCUGAAAAACACGGCUCAGGACGAGUCUAGCCCAUCUUACACCGAUGAGACCUUGUCUUACUACCUACAGAAGACUUAUCUGAAGACAGCCAGUCUCAUCAGUAAAUCAUGUCGCUCCGCUGCUGUCCUGGGUCGGAGUGCACCUGAAGUUAUUGAGGCUUCCUAUGCAUAUGGUCGCAAUCUAGGCCUGGCAUUUCAGUUGGUGGAUGAUCUUUUGGAUUAUACCGUCACUGAGGCCGAGCUAGGUAAAGCUGCUGGGGCGGAUUUGGAGUUGGGCCUAGCCACUGCCCCAUUAUUGUUUGCAUGGAAGAGCAACCCGGAACUUGGUCCGCUAGUUGGCCGCAAGUUUCGUGAGGAGGGUGAUGUCCAAAGGGCUCGUGAAAUCGUCUAUCGUAGUGAUGGCGUGGAGCAAACGCGUCUUCUAGCUCAAGAAUAUGCUGACAAGGCAGUUGAGGCCAUCAGUGACUUUCCAGACAGUGAGGCUAAGACUGGCUUGAUUGAGAUGUGCGACAAGACAAUGCGCAGACGGAAAUGA